AACAGUGUCUAACGCUAUUUGCUCGUACAGGUACGCCUGCUGCUGCUGCGCGAAUAAAAACUAACUCAGGAUAUUUAAUAAGGCGACGUUUGUGUUCAGAAAGCCGAAUCAUUUCUCUGCUGCUGGUUUGCGAUGCUGGGGGAAAGGUUCCUCAUGGAAGCAAAGGGGAAUGCUGAAAAUGUCUGUUAAAAAAGUGAGACAAGGACAAAAACUGACCCUGGAAUCCGCAGGAAUCCACAGCAAGGCGUCUCGUGAUCUCAGGAGGCUCCAGUCCCUGCUUGCUAAAAGCCGCCCCAGACAACAGGUGGCAGUGUUGAGUCACAGUAAAGGAUGCAGCAGUGGAGUCAGCAGAUCCAUCCCUCCUCAAACAAACUCCAGUAGACACAGGAGUGAGAGUGACCUCAGCAGCGAGGCCUCACAACUGGACAAAUUCAGCAUGACAUACAGAGACCAAAGAUGCUUCAGCAGUCACCCGCUGCAUGAACUGUUCUCUGGCAUCCUCACAUCUUUGAUCAAGAACCGACUCUGCAGUGAGUGGAUUGAUCGUGCACCUCCGGAGUCAGUUCUCAGAGUUCUCAUCUGCAUGCGAUUAUUGAUCAGAGAUCCCCUCCAUCAGAAAAUCCUCCAUCAGCUCGAAGGCGUCAGUUUACUCGCCAGGUAUAUGGAGUCUGUCACUGCUGUGUACAUAUCGUGUGGCGAGCAGGCGUUUGCCACGCAGCAGCUGGUCACGAUGACCUAUAUCUUUCAGAAGCUGUCUGCCACUCAGGAUCAAAGAGUCUGGGUCAUCGAGAGUGGCGCUCACAGGACUCUGGUGAAACUCCUCUCUACAACCGAUAGCAGUGUGCUGCUGGGAGCCCUGCUAGCCCUCACCACUUUGGCUGAAAGCUUAGAAUGCAAGGAGGAGAUUGGAAAGCUAACAAUAGUGGAGAGCCUCCUUGUAAUACUGCAAGAAUAUGACCUUCUAUCAAAGAGGAUGAGCGCUGAGCUGCUGAGGCUGCUGUGCCCGGUUCAGCUCGUGAGGGCGCAGGUAAGGGAGCUGGACGGACUGCCAGCGCUGCUGAGCCUGCUGCACGGCCAGCACCUGAAGCUGCUGUGGAGUGUCACCUGGGUCCUAGUCCAGCUCUGCGAGGACCCCGACACCAGGGCAGAGAUCAGAAGCUGGGGUGGAGUGCAGCAGCUCCUCUGGCUGCUCAACAGUGACCGGCAGUACGUUUCUGACCGCUCGUCCAUCGAGGAGCUCUCCAGCGCCAACGCUGCCGGCCGCAUCCAGAUGGAGCACGUGAGGGAGGAGCUCAGCCCACAGGAGGUGGUGGACAACGCGAUCGCCCUCCAGUCAGCCUGCUGUACAGCUCUGACUGAGAUGAGUCUUGAUGACACAUCUGCUCACCACAUUGUGCAGGAAAAUGGCAUCUAUAUAAUUGCACAGUUGAUUUUGCUGUAUAACUCUGGAGAAAUGGUCACCUCUUUACAGUGCUAUGCGUUCCGGGCGCUCCGAUUUCUCUUCAGCGUGGAAAGAAACAGACAUCUGUUUAAAAGACUCUUUCCCACAGACCUCUUUGAGCUGUUUAUUGAUGUUGGACAUUAUGUGCGGGACCUCACAGCCUAUGAGGGCCUGCAAACCAGAGUUUCACUCUACACUAAAGAGGAACUGGAUAAUCUGAGAGAGGGCAUUGAAGCAGUGGACCAGAGCCGGCCUCCCCUCAGAGUGAUCAACGGUUACUCUAUACUGGACCAUCUGGGCACUGGGGCCUGUGGAAGCGUCUUUAAGGUCCAAAAACAGAGCGGCCAGAACAUCCUGGCACUGAAGGAGGUGAAUCUACACAACCCGGCAUUUGGCAAAGACAAGAAGUCGAGAGACAGCAAUGUGGAGAAAAUCAUCUCUGAGCUCACAAUCAUCAAAGAGCAGAUGACACACCCGAACAUUGUUAAAUAUCACAAGACAUUUUUGGAAGGUGACAGGCUGUACAUUGUGAUGGAACUGAUUGAGGGAGUGCCGCUGGCUGAACACUUGAACUCUCUGAAGGAAAAGCAGCAGCAGUUCACUGAAGACAGACUCUGGAAUAUAUUCAUACAGAUGUGUCUGGCACUGAGGUACCUGCACAAGGAGAAGAGGAUCGUCCAUCGCGAUCUGACGCCAAACAACAUCAUGCUCGGGGAAAAAGAUAAAAUCACCAUUACUGAUUUUGGCCUCGCUAAGCAGAAGCAGGAGAACAGCAAGCUCACAUCGGUGGUCGGCACCAUCCUUUACUCCUGUCCAGAGGUGGUGAAAAAUGAGCCGUAUGGAGAGAAAGCUGACAUCUGGGCUUUGGGUUGCAUCCUCUAUCAGAUGACCACUUUACGGCCUCCGUUCUACAGCAGUAAUGUGCUGUCACUGGCCAGCAAGAUUGUCGAGGCCAACUAUGAGCCGGUUGAAGAAGGAGCUUUCUCAGAGAGAGUCACCGAUAUGAUUAAAUGGUGUUUGAGUCCAGAUGCAGACCAGCGACCGGACAUUGUGGCUGUCAGCUCCAGGAUCUCUGACCUCAUGAUGAGGCUGAUGGAUGGACUCUACACUUCCCAGAAUGCACUGGAAAGAAGAGCAGAGCGUGACAGGAAACGAGCACAGAAGUACUUCCUUGAAAGAGACAAAAUUAGGAUGAACUGCUCUCAGUCAAACUUGUCACAGGAAGGACUGUUAGUGAAGACUGAACGUAGACCUUCACGCUGCUGCAGCCACAGCGAGCAGAGAAUCAGUCACGAUGACAGCUCAAAUGAAGAUAUUGAACUAUCCCAUAGGAUGGACACCAACCCUACAGGAACACACUGUGGCUCAAAGUCAACUGCCUGUGCUACCCCCACCAGUGGGGAUUUUGCAGCUGCACAGGUGAAAACAAGACCAGUGUCAGCAGGAAUCUGCGUCUCACAGAAGAAGCUUCGGCAGAUUGAUGAUCCCAUUCAGAGGCUCCUCGUGCAGCUGCACAAAAUCAUCUUCAUCACUCAACUCCCACCCUCACCACACCACAACCUUAAACGACGCCUCGUUGAAAGAUUUAAAAAGUCCCUCUUCCACUUUGGCAGCGAUCCGUACAACCUGAAAGUGGAGCUCAGCAAGCUCCUCCAGGCCUCUCCAGAGCUGAUGGAGUUUGGUUCAGCCAGUUCAGACUGGUGGCCUCUGAUCCACCGCUUCACAGGAGACGUCCACACCACUGAAAGCGCAGCUGAUGGGAAUCUCAGAGAUGGCGUUACAUAUCAGCAGAUGCAGGGGGUCAUUGAGGAACUCCUGGAUGAGAACAGCUACUAUGAGCCAACAAACAGCAGGCUCGAAAAGAAAAGAAAUGACCAAGAAAAGAAGUAACAGUUAUCGUCACUCAUCCCUGAAAAGUUACCUGGGGAACCUUCACAGUGGUACUUCAUCUCUGCUUGCAGUCUAAUGAACCUUAAUCCCAACCCUCAUUAUACUUUUUUUUUUAUUUAUAAAAGUAAUGUGGUAACACAUUCAUUUGUUUGCACAAGGUUAUAAUGACACCUUACCGUAGUGGUCAUGUUCAUGUUACCACACACCUCUUUUGUUCUCAGGCUUUAUUGUUGCCUUGUUUUUACUGUAAAUGUGAUGUGACUGUGUGAAUCUCCAAAGAUAUAUUGAUGUAUAUGUAUCUGUAAUUAAUGUUGAGGCUUAUUAUUCAUUUCUAUCACUUCAGUAUAACAAUUUAAAACCUGUUUUUUUUUGCAGCCCGUUAUCCUCUCAGGCCCAGACACUGCAUGUCACAGCACGUGUUUUUCAAGUGGCUGCAAGCCACAAUUACCUUGUUUGCUUUCAGCGAGCUGAUAAGAAGCAAAGCUUUGACCUUAAUUCAACAUAUCACAAUGUUUGACUGCAUUUCAAAGAGAAGAAAAACAGGUCAGAUGUUUAGCACUGUGUUAAAAUGCACUCCAGCAGCAUUCUCAAUACAAUGAACAUCUAAAACAUGACUGACAGCUGAAGAUAAGCUUUCUUUAGCACUGUAAUCUGUAUAAAACUAGUUUAAAACACGCUUUACUAAUAAACAUUUGAUUGAGUAAAUAUCCACCAAUAAUCAUGUUUUAAUAUUAUUAUACAUGUCUAUUUAUUUGCAGUGCUGUGAGGGUUUGAUGAAAAGGUCAUGUAACUGAGCAGA